UCGCAGAGCGUGAAGGAGGCGACUGCUGCGAGGAACGAACAGCUCACCGAGUUGCAGAACCUCUUCGACUAUUUGGAGGAACACCGGAGCCUGCAGGGUUAUGAGGGCGAGAAAUCGGCCCGAUAUGAAGCAGUGGAAUUAAUUUAUCGCGAACUGACCAGCGCUUACAAGCAAUCGGAAAUUGAUUGGAAAAUAAUACACGAUGCGGGAUGCACCAGAGAUGAUACCGAUCUGCCGCACCAUGUUACUGCACCCAAUGAUCUCGAUCGAUUAAUCAGCGGAACGUUCAGAUCAUUCUUGACUGCCCUGCCGGUUCCUCCUACCAUCGUAACAAUUGCGAGAUCCAGCAACGACGACUAUUGUCCACCAGAGAACGUCGAUCAAAUUCAGAUCGGAGUGCUCGACGAGCUGCGUCAAUAUCUGGGAGAAGUCGACGUCCAAUUGGCCUACGAGGACGAGGAAGAAGUCCAUUGAAUAUCAAAAAAAAUAACGAUCCUUCCCCUUUCCAGGAUGUAAAUUUUAAUCGAACAAUGUUCAUUUCAAUACAAUAAAUAAACGUUUUCAUAGA